UUGAAUGACAUGUAUAUCACACCAACUGACUGGUUCUUUUGAUAUUCACACAGGAUACCACGUUGAGACAUUCUCUACACCCAGAGAGCAACAGCAGGAAGAUCAGAGAGCUAAGAGGUCUCAUCACUGCCCACAUUGUGAAGAGAUUUUCCCAUUUCUAUCAAAGCUAAAAAUACACCUAAAAAUACACACAGGAGAGAAGCCAUACUCCUGCUCAGACUGUGGAAAAUGCUUCACAACAUCAACUGAUCUAAAACUUCACCAGAGAACACACACCGGAGAGAAGCCAUACUCCUGCUCUGACUGUGGGGCGAGUUUCUCCCAUCUGGGCACCUUAAAAACACACCAACGUAUACACACAGGAGAGAAGCCUUACUCCUGCUCUGACUGUGGAAAAUGCUUCACAACAUCAACUGAUCUAAAAGUUCAUCAAAGAACACACACUGGAGAGAAGCCUUACUCCUGCUCUGACUGUGGAAAAGGCUUCACAACGUCAACUUAUCUAAAAGUUCAUCAGAGAACACACACAGGAGAAAAGCCUUACUUCUGUUCUGACUGUGGGGAGAGAUUCUCUCAAAUGAGCAGCUUAAAAGCACACAAACAAGUACAUACUGGAGAGAAGCCUUACUCCUGCUCUGAGUGUGGGGUGAGUUUCUCUCGACUGGACACCUUAAAAACACACCAACGUAUCCAUACAGGAGAAAAGCCUUACUUCUGCCCUGAAUGUGGGAAGAGUUUCUCCCUAUCGAGUAACUUGAAAUCACAUAAACGUAUACAUACAGGAGAGAAGCCUUACUCCUGCUCUGACUGUGGGGUGAGUUUCUCUCGACUGGAUACCUUAAAAACACACCAACAUAUCCAUACAGGAGAAAAGCCUUACUUCUGCCCUGAAUGUGGGGAGAGAUUCUCUCAAAAGACCACCUUAAAAGCACACCAAUUAAUACAUACAGGAGAGAAGCCUUACUUCU